AUGGAGAAUGCUCGUCCUGUGGGAUUUUUCAUUUUUCCUUCUAGAAAAGAUGCAAAUGCCGCAUUGCUAAGUAACUUUGAGGUGUUCCAGUUACUUACUGAUCUUAAGCAGCAGCGCAAAGAGAGUGGAAAGAACAAGCAGAGCUCUGGUCAGCAGAACCUGAACACAAUUGUGUAUGAAACACUGAAGUACAUUUCAAAAACACCCUGUAGAUACCAGAGUCCUGAGACUGUGAGAGAUUUCCUCGUAGCAAUGAAAGGCCAUAAGCUAACCAAGGCAGAAAAGCUCCAGUUGCUUAACCACAGGCCUGUGACGGCAGUUGAAAUACAGCUGAUGGUAGAAGAAAGUGAGGAAAGGCUAACAGAAGAGCAGAUCGAGUCACUUCUCCAGACAGUCACCAGUAUUCUUCCAGGGGAUCCGGAAGAACAGCAGAGAGACUCGGCAAUGGCAACCGAAGACAAAGGUGACCAAGCGUAGGAAGCAUCUAGACCAAAUCUGGCAACAAUUUCAGCAGAGGAGAAUCAGCUAAUAUUUUUCUGGUUUUUACUUGAUACCAGUUUAAUCUUGUAUUGGACAUCGUUGUAAAAGAUGUUACAGUUUUUGUUACUCAGAGGUGAUGAGGGAACCAAUUGUUUACAAGAAAGCACGGAAAAGGACACUCGUUUUGGCAUUUUGUCACAAACGGGUAUGGCAGCAACUGAGUUUGUAAGGUAGCAGUCUGAGAAAUUAUGGGUCACAGAAUCUGCAGCUUUUGUGUUUUUUCCAUUACCCAUAUAACAGCUGUACAUUUGAAUAGGCUUACAUACAGCUGGCAAUGUUUUAAUUAUCACAGCAGUAGUAUAAUUAUAAUUGCUUUCAUAUGCUUUUGAAUUGCCCAACUGGUUUUCAGAAUACGGUCUACAAUACAAAGCCAACUUUUGGAGCUGUUUGUGAAAAGGGCUGUUCUCAGGGAUCAGAACACAGGGUAACGUACCAGAACUGCUUGGUAUCUGGCCAGACAAUUUCAAGUAGGCCGUUGGUAUCAUGGAAGUGAGAGGAUCUGUUGGUAGGGUAACUGUUCUCAAGGAUGUCUGACAGUCCGUACUUGAUAAAAGAGAGAUCCAGAUCAAUCAGCUAAAUCAACAUAUUGCCGCUGAAAUCAGCUGGGUUGGACCAGUUUACAGCAGUUGAGGCUCUGGACUCAAAUGUUAAGGCUCUUAGUAAUACAAACAGAAGAACAUUUAGGCGUGAGGUGUCUAUUUUCCCUUUGAACGUUUGUUCCAAUAUUUAUAUAUAGACAAGUCACAGUCCUGUGAACAUGCUGUCGACCGUGGAAUAAAUUAAUGAGUGAACACUGAAGUGAAGUCCUAAUCUGGUUUAGAAGAAUGAGAAUCAGUCCUGGUUGAAGCAGAAUUUUCUGUGUACUGAGCUUUUGCCUGAUUAAAGAUUUCAGGAUCAAGUAUUUAAUGUUGAAAGCAUUGAUGAUUAUAAUAAAUCUUUUGUAUAUAUACAUAUAUAUACAUAAAGUCAUGGUUACACAUGGCACUGGUUUUAUACUAUGACUGCCGCAAUUCUUUUAUAAUUAUUAUAAUGUCUGGAAAUAGGAAAU